AUGGCCUCCUCCCAAGUCUUCGUCUCCUCCAUCUUCACCUUCUUCAUCCUCCUUCCUCAAAUAACAUCAAGCGCCGUAAUUUGCAAAACCUCGUCAUGUGGCGACAGCGAAAACCCGCUUGUCAAGUUCCCUUUCCGACUGAAAGGCACCGACGCCGACCAGUCGUGCGGCUAUCCGGGAUUCGAUCUCUCAUGCAACAACCAAAACCAGACAAUCCUCACUCUCCCUUCCGGCGACGUCGUCGUCGAAAUAAUCGACUACUACGAGCAAUCAAUAUAUAUCGACUUCGACGACCCAGAUCACUGCUUUGCCGGACGCCUUCUGCAGAACUUCACUCUCUCCGGCACUCCUUUCCAGUUCCCAGCCUUUCGAAUGUACGUGACCUUCUUGAACUGCUCCGCCAACGUGACGAUGAUACAUGGGCAGGCUAUUGAUUGCGUUAGCGGCGACGGCUAUAAGAUCUGGAUCACACCGAGUGCCUAUCUUGGGUUUUUGAUGACGCUGCCGCCGUCGUGUCAGGUGAUAUUGAUGGCUUUGGCUCCUAUGUCACAACUGUCGCCGACACGGCUGUUGAUGCAUUUGACUUGGGGUGAGCCUAGUUGUGGAGAAUGUGUCGCCGGCGGUGGAUACUGUGCGCGCAAGAGUGCUACGACUCUGGAUGUUGGAUGCUUUCCAGCCUUGAGUUCUCCAAGCAGCAAUGGAACAAAGACAAACAUAGUAGCUAAGGUUCUCCUCAUAUCAAGAUUAGUUGCAAUUCAUUAA